AUGAAGUCACAGUUGAGUGUGACCGCCUAUAGAUCUCGGAGCGACCUUUUAGAACUAAAGAAAUGGUUCUAUGAGUUCAACGGCGCUGCCGACCGCCGGGAAGAGGCCAUUCAACGAGUGCAAGUGUUCAACACACGAGGACGACUACCUCAUGGGAUCGAGGCAACUUCUCACUUGACGUCGACUCUUCUCCAGGAUGAGAAAAACCCCGACGUGGACACGAAUAUACUACAGUUGUCGUAUACCAUGGCGUUAAUCCGGUUUGUUAAUGGCUUACUAGACCCGUUUCAACAAGCGCAAUUUGCGAUACCGAUGCAGCUACUUGCAAAACAGUUGGGGCUACCGUCGUUUUUCGUUGAGUUGAGACACAUGGGCACACACGAAAACUUGCCGAGUCUAGAUUUGCUACGCACUGGUUGUCGAGAAGCAUUGAAUUGGUUAUACGACCACUACUGGUGCCAUGUUGGUGGAGAUUGUCAAGACAAAGACGAAGAAGAAGGAAAGAAAAAAUCUUUUCUGGAAAACAAGGGAGAGCUGAGCUCGGAAAUUGCCAAGUUCAGGUUGGCAGAAUAUGCAAACUUGUUGAGCUAUUACCUGGUCUAUGACAAUUUGAAGUUUUACAAACAGGCGAGGAAAGGAGACCCUGCGGUGCCCUUGUUUCCCAAAGUCAAGACCGAGAAGGACUACAAGCUUUUGGACUGUCUUGCAGAGCUCAAGAGCUUCAACACCGCGAAUCUGGACCUUUUUGCGGACAUUGUUCUCCGCAGAUACAUCAUCAUCUACCCCAGUGGCAAAUUAAAGGCCAAAAACAUCAAGUAUAACCCCUUGUUUGCCAAAUUGUACCGACCGUUGUUUGACUUUUUGGGAUUGGAGUUCAAAUUGAGGCUCUUUACCAAGAUCAUGGACGAGAUCGACGCGGUAGCGAUAGUGGAUGCCAAUAGCACCACCAUUUGCAAGCCACUUGGACUUGCUGUGACGUUUGCAGACGAUGAAGUUGCUCAACUUGCAGAGUGGGUCCCGCAGAUAAUACAGGACGUUGUUGUGGCAGGCGACGUUGAGCCGGUGCAUGAAUUGAACAUAAAGAGCCGCAGCGACGUAGUGGAAUUUGUAAUAACAAGGGUAGAGGCAAUGACGGGGCAGCUGUUGUCGAAACUCAACUUGUUUCAAAUACUAAGGGACGCAGUUGCCAAGAAAGACAAGGAUAGCAUACUGACAGCGAGUAUCGAGAAAAAGCUUGCAGAUCUCAAAAAGUUGCAAAAGUCUGAAGAAUCUGAAAAGCCCAAGUUGUCUUUGGCGUUGCCGCCGCUGUUGGAUGAGCUAUUUGCAGAGGAUAACCCAAAGAAAAGAAAAAUGACAACUGACGGAAUUGGUGGUUCAGCGUCCAAGAAAAGAGCGGACCAGGACUCAAGCAACGAGGAGAAAGUUCACUUUUUGCUAGAACCUCACCAGAGCUGGAAACCCACUCCAUUUGGAAUAUGUCCUUAG